UUAUAGUACAGUAAGUAUUUAGUGCAACAAAAAAUACCUACAAAAUAAAAGUCUACCUGUGCUGCUGAAACCAACAACACUAGUAGUUAAAUAAUAAUAAUAACUUUAAAGUAUGUCCACUAACGACAAUAAUAAUCAACGCCGGGCACCGUCACUAUGGGUAUGGUUGGCCGCUAUUACGGCACUUAUGUCGGCAAUGUCUAUGGGCGCUACGUUAGGUUGGAGUGCACCGGGACUACCAUCACUGUCCAAGUCGGGCAGUGAACCGCAAUUAACCGAUGAAAAUCUUGAUACUAAAACAUGGAUCGGCUCAUCCAUGACAUUGGGCGCACUGGUAGGCGGACUACUGGGAGGUCCAUUAUUACAAUGGUUGGGCGUUAAAAAAGUAAUAAUAGGACUGGGUGCACCAUUUAUUGUUGGCUGGGUGCUUAUAUGCGCUGCAAAAGGUUUUGCUCUAAUAAUAAUCGGCAGAGUAUUGACUGGUUUUGCUGCGGGAAUAUCUUGCGGUGUGGCACCUACCUACUGUGUACACAUAUCGACACCAAAAAUACGUGGCCUAUUGGGCACCGGGUUUCAGGCAUUCGUUAACAUCGGUAUACUGUAUAUGAGUUUACUUGGACUGGCAGUCAGCUGGCGAUGGCUGGCCAUUAUCGGUCUAAUACCGUCGGUAUUGAUGUCUAUCGGUAUGAUAUUUAUGCCCGAUUCGCCUAACUGGCUAAUGGUCAAACAUGGCCGCCACGGUUCGCAAGUAGCCGACGCCUUGAGGCGACUACGAUCGGCGGACAGCGAUAUCGAUACCGAACUAAAAGAACUGGAAGAUAUGGCCGAUAAGGCCGGACAGUCGGGUAGCUUUUCAAUUGGCCAACUAAAACGCCCGGAUAUUUAUAUGCCAUUUAUUAUAUGUAAUUUUCUAAUGUUUUUCCAACAAUUUUCGGGUAUCAAUGCCGUCCUAUUCUACCUGAACGACAUUUUCAAAGAUGCCGGUUCGGCAAUGGAUCCGAUGGUCAGCACCUGUAUUGUCAAUGCAUCGAUGGUCGCAGCCGUCAUAGGCGGCGCUUUGAUUAUCGAUCGCCUGGGCCGUCGGGUACUACUACUGGCAUCGGGUGCCGGCCAUACGGUUACGUUGGCCAUAAUGGGCUACUAUUACUAUAGCGAUAAUAAAUCGCUGAGUUGGCUACCGAUAGUAUGUCUGAUAUUUUUUGUCGUAUCCUUUAAUAUCGGUUACGGACCGAUACCGUGGAUGAUUGUUGCCGAGAUUACCCCGAGUUAUGCUAUGGGACCGGUCAGUGCAUGCGGUACGGCAUUCAACUGGUUGUGCGCAUUCAUUGUGACCAAACAGUUUGACGCCAUACAGGAGGCGAUGCAACGAUACGGUGCUUUCUGGCUGUUUGCCGGCAUAUCGGCGGCCAGUAUAGUGUUUGUUGUCAUGUUUGUACCCGAAACUAAAGGCAAAAGUGUGGAUGAAAUGCAACGUAUAUUUUUGAAGACCAAAUCACCGGCCGAUCACCAAUCGGACAGUCCUAACAAAUAUAGUGUCAAUAAUAAUAAAGAUGUCAUCAAUAUUUAGUCGGGUGUGUGUGUGUSGGGAUGGGUG